AUGCCCAAUUCCGUUAAAUUUUUAGAGGAGCUUUUGACAAACAAAUGGAAGUUAGAUGAUUCAUCGCAUGUGGAGUUAAAUGCAGUUUGCUCAGCCAUAAUGCAAAAUAAACUACCCUACAAAUUGAAAGAUCCAGAAACCCUUCAGAAAAACAUCAAUGAACUAAACGAAUGGCGGACACAUGUCAAGGAGAAACUGAGAAUACACAAUGCAGAACCAAAACGUCGCUAUGAUGAGCAUAUGGAUGGAACGAACCAAUUUAAGGUUGGGGACAAGGUACUAUUAGAUAAAAUAGAUCCUCGAAUUGCCACUUCGGAGCUUGAUACAAACGGAUCAAAUCCCUUUACAGUACUAAAUGUCUUCCCAUAUGGUAAAGUCGAGAUUCAUCAUGGUGAACACUCGCAACAAGUCCAAGGUCGUCGUCUCCGCUUCGAAAAAGUGGAAGACACCUGGCGCGACCUCCUCCUCGAGCACCACCAGGCCCGCCACCCUUAUCUCUGA